CUUGUCGAUCCCGGGUGUUACUGCAAGGCUGUCUCUUUUUCAUACGACGUCGCACCUGCCCUGUCAGUUGUUGAAGUCCAGAUAAGGAACCCGUACAAAAAAGCACGCACGUCCUUUCGUCAUAUCAGCACUUACAGCAAAUACACCGGGCUGUGUCACCGCUUCUUUGCGAACGCUCCAACCUGUAACAAAUCCCUCUCGACGCCCGUGCGCCAUUUCCAGCGAGGCCUUUAAAGUUCACCGGCCUCCAUUCCCAGAAUGGCUCAUCACGUUCGUCAUUCGUCAAAUCACGCGAAAAGGGCACUGCCAGCUCACGCAAAGCCAACGAAGCCCGCGCCUUUAUCAAAACGAUCAUCAUCCCACGGCAGCAAGGGCAGUCGCAAAGUCGAUCUUCCGAAGGACCUCCUAGAAAGUGACGAGGAGGAAGCAAUGGCCGUCAGUUUUCUGAAUUACUGCACUGUCUGCGAAAAACAAAUAGUUACUCCCAGCAAUGCUGUAUUGUAUUGCUCUGAAAGCUGCAAAAAGAAGGAUACAGAGAAGAGCUUGACAUAUUCAUAUGAUCAUUAUUCACCCCCGACAACCCCCUUCGCCAACUUCACAUUUGACGACUUCCAAUUUCGUGACAUAAUUCCGCAACGUUCGCCUACUCAGUCGCAUUCAAAACGAUCAUCAUGUGCAUUCUCGGACGAUCUUUCCGACGAUAACACUACACCAAGCGACGAGAAAUCCCAACGCCUAGAUUCAGAGGCAUCGCGAUAUCUCCGUCAAUUCCAGUCGUCUACAUAUUCACCUGAGACCACACGACCUGUGCGACCUCACUACAGUUCUACCUCAACGUCCCAAUUUAGCUUUGGUGCUGCGCCUUCCCUGUCACAUACACCGACUUCAUCAUACAGCUUUUCGCUCCCGUACACACCGUACACAUCUGCUACCACGCGACCGCUGCCACCAAGGACAAACCCACAUACUUCGUCGUAUGCAUCGAAGUCGAUAGAUCUUGUGACGCCAUUGACCGCUCCCUCAAGUCCGAAGCAAUACUCGUACAAGGCACCGCCGAUAUCCAGGACGUCAGCAAGCACGAUCGAAGGUGAACUUGUCUAUGCAAAGUCACCUGUUCCUUCGAUGUCGCCUGCCAACGGGAGUUUGGGACGACUGUUGGCUUCGAAAACACGUUAAUGCAGGCAUCAACUUACAUUGUUUCAUGGGCCGAGCGUUUUAGGGCCCGUUUUUUUUGGAUACCAUUUGUAAUGCAUGGGUGAGCACUUGAUGCGGCCCGCUAUGCUGGCGUAGCACUCGGCAGGACCUAGGUGUUACCAGGGCAUCUCGAUAGCUAAAAGUUUGGAUUGGUUUACACUGGACGGUUUGUGAUAGCGGGAGGUAUACUGUUAGAAACGGAACCACAUGGUCAUAAUGAUGCGCAUAGAAUAUAUUACGUCCUACAUUUCACCUAAACCUUUCCCUAAUCGCCUAAAACGGUAACCUACUUCAGCCUCCAAUCCACUAGGCUAAGCCCUGACGGUGUUACUUCAAGUCCAUCAUCUAGUUAGAUCAUGUCAGAAC